AGUUACUGUUCCUUGGGAUACGACAUAUCAAAAUAAACCUGAAAUGAAGUUAGGGUCAUUUAAGGGGAAAUACAAUCGUCAUAUCAGAAAAAGAAAAAAAGUUGAACUGUGUACAACAAAGGAUUUAAGCCGAUUCUUGUGGAAUAUUACUGCAUUGCAAAUGAAAUUCUGUUUCCUUGCUACACGCUUCUUACUACCCUAACAAACAUGCUUUCUUGCCCUGAUUGCUAACAGAAAGCUGGCUUUAAAUCACCUAUCAUAGCACUAUCCUAACGUCAAGGCAAUCCAAAAGGGAAGAGUUAAAAUGCAAAUUUUAGUUCAGAUGUCAUCAAGGCUCAUCGUUAAACUUCCCCGCUGCAUGUGGAUGUACAGGUUAUUUGCUAAGGUCAAUUUGUCAGUCUGCAGCUAAAUUUUGCCAGCUGUUUCAGGUAUGUACUCUGCUGUAAUACGGACUGCCUAGACAUAGAUAGAGAAGAUAUUAGCAUUUGAAUUAUAUAUAUAUAUAUGUAGAUAGAUACUCCACAUUUACUUUGUAUGAAUUUAGGUAACAUCAUAUAACACAGUUUGCUUUUUUUUCUCCUUAGUGUAUUUUUUUUUUAAAUUUUCUGCCAUUUGGAGCAGAUGAAAGACUUUUGUUAUACUUACAUGUUGCGUAGUUUAGCACAAAUGCAUGACUGCUGAUUGAUACAUUUCCUGAAUACAAAUUGCAUAAGUUAUGUUAAAUUUUAAAUAUUUUAUUAUUUAUAGUAUUCUGUUAAUACAGUAUUUUGUAAAUAUUCAGACACACACAUUUACAGUGUGUGUGUUUGUGUGUAUAUAUAUGUAUGUGCAUGUAGAUAGAUAGAUAUUUUUUACUUUACAUUUUAUUUUUUUAAGCCAUAUUUUAAUUGUAUAUAAAAUUUUAAGGUUUAAAUUUUUUGUUUAAUACAAUGCAUUUGCAUUUAAGUGAAAAAUAUGGAAAAAAAAGUUGAAACAUUGACAAUUUAACACGUUUCAUGUGUCCCAUGCUAUCUUGCGCAUAUUUUUUAUUUUAUUUACUUACUUGAUAAAUAGAUUUAAUUUACAUUUAAAAACAUACACAUGUUUAUGAUACAAUUGACUUACAUGCCAUUGAAUAAUCCAAUUGAGGGAGGGAGGUGAUACAUUAUGUGAUCUUGCAUUGUGAAGGUGGUACACUUGGAGACCUAACAUUUAUUUAUUUUAGCUCCAAACACAGAAGCAACAAUUGGUAACGUACCAGCUAAGCAGACUGUAGCAAUGACUCUGUUGCACACUCAUCGGUACCUCACUGGCUUGCUCCUUUGGAUACUACAACUGGAGAACUCCUUCGUCCUGGCCAAGUCUACUGAACUUCUGCAUCCUUCCAACAGUUCCACCACUGACCUCAUGCUUGGGCUUGGGAUUCCCAGACAUAGGAGAAAGCGUUAUAUUUCCGCAAGAGACAUGACUUCCCUAUUGGACUAUCACAACCAAGUCAGGUCUAAGGUGUUUCCACCAGCUGCUAAUAUGGAAUAUAUGGUAAGUCUUGUUUUUGUUUUGGGAUACGUUGGUUGAAAAUAUUACAUUUUUGGAUCAUCUACCAUAGUCUUUUUUUUGUCACUAUUUUUGUUUAAUUUUAACAAGAAUUUGUUCUUCAACCAUUAUUGGAGUUAACGGGGAUUUAAUAAGGUAAUUCGUCCUACUCUCUUAUAACUGUAUUAGUUGUCAAUUCUUUUUUAUAUUGAAAAUUUGGAAAUUAUGGAGGUUUGAAUGAAAAUGAUAGGGAACUCUUAGAAACAUCUAGGUCUCCCAUGAUAUCAACCAGCUACUCUUAAUUCCUGGGUUAUUAUUCACUAAGAGUGUACAACGUCCUCUGUACUUUGUGAAGAAUAUUCAUAAAGCUAUAAUUUGAUAUAACAAACCAACAUAGUCCAACAAACGUGUUUAGGACCUUGCAACUCCCCGUAUUGGUUUUGUUAAAGGUACUGUUCAAACACCAUAGCCAAUAGAGCUUGCACCAUUGUUUUUUUUAUUGGUUGGCCUCAUGAUAAAUCUAAAUAUGAGUUUGUGAUUUUCGAAUGUAUGAACUUUUCAAAAAAAUUUACAUUUAUUGCACCAUUAGUUUUUGUUAUUGGUUGAUUCUAAUGCCAAAAACAAAUAUAGCUUUGUGCCACUAUAUAGUGAAUAACAUUCUAUUUAUAAUUAGUGCUUGUCUAUAUUUGACCUUUUUUGUCUGUACCGCUAUGCCAUUGGCAUAGCAGUAAUAACUGUGAAUAUUACAUUAAUUGACGCUCUGUUCAAAGUGACGCUGCUACAUUUGAGUGAACCCAUCAAGUUCCCAAAUCUGCUUAUGUUGGGAAUUAUUUUAUGGUUUUUCUAGUUCCUAUUAGUUUGUCAUUUUUUCCCCAGUCCUAUGGGUAUUAGUACUCCUUCCUUACAUUUUAGAGAAUUUCCAUCUGUUUCCAUCCGUGGUAAUUGUUUAAUUAAAACAUGGCUACAUUUUCUUCCAUUUUUUUGUUGUGCAUCUGUCUAGCAACCGUUUAUUCAUUUAUUUUGGUGUCGUGAGAAUCAUGUGAUGUGUACAUGUCGCACGAAAAAUACUAUUCGAUUGGGCAAGAACUAGGGCGGUCCGCUGAUAUCUUUAGCAGGAAGACAAGAACCCAGAUGCUGAGGGUUAGUUAGCUGGGUUGACAAUAUGUCAAGAAAUUUUUUUCUUUACAGUAAGAACAAUACGGAUAUGGAAUUCUCUGCUUGAAGAUGUGGUUUUAUCAGAGUCUGUACAGAUGUUUAAACAGCAUUUGCAUAAAUAUUUGCAGAAACAUAAUAUUAAGGGAUAUCAUUUUAAAUUAUUGGGGUAAUAGCUUCUUGAUCAAAGGAGAGAGCUGACUGCCAUUCUGGGGCCAAGAAGGAUUUUUUUUCUAGUUUGGAAAAUUAGAAGCUCUUCUAACUGGGUUUUUUCCUUCUUUUGGAUCAACAGCAAAAGCAGAUGCGAGAAAGGCUGAACUUGGUGGACACGUCUCCUUUUAGCCUAUGUAACUAUGUAACUAUAAUAUUUAACAUUGACCUAUAAUGCCACCCUCACUUCACUUAUUAAUUUGAAAUAUUCAGUAUGUCGGUAGUACAGAUUAGGAUAGAUGCCGACUCAGAGCCUCCCAGCAGUUCUGGUACCAGAUCACCAGGACACUGGCAGUAUCUGUCUUCAACGAUCUCAGAUCCCUAUAAAAUGAACCUGGUCCUGUGAAGUCUUCCUUCAUGAUCUUCCGGCUCUUCUAGCCUUGUUUCUGGCUUGUUUCUUCUCUUCAUGGGCUUUUCACGGGACAAUUAACCAGCUGCAAUUGCAUUAUUAACGAGUCUCAAAGUUGUUGUCUGCAGAGCAUAAGCAAACUGUCGUGUUUAUUUUAGACUUGGGCACAGUGGAAAUAUUUGGUUUGGCUGAAUCAAUUUGUCCUAAAAAAGGCAUUUUAUGUAACAUUUCGGCUAGUUUGAAUUUCAUCCAUACAAAUGAUUUGGAAUGGUGCUAUAUAUAUAUAUAUAUAUAUAUAUAUAUAUAUAUAUAUAUAUAUAUAUAUAUAUAUAUAUAAUAUUUUUAUUAUUAUUUUUUGUAAUUUUUUUAUUAUUAUUUUUUUAUUGCUAUACUGCAAAAUAUAGACACAAUAUUUAUAUGUGUGUAUGUAAAUAUAUAUCACUGGCAUACAUACCGCGGUUGCAGGGGUCGCGGCUGCGACCGGGCCUGGCCCACCAGGGGGCCCGGCCGCCCUGCGGAACCGGUAUGUACGCCAGUGUGGCCAUCCUCUUCUCCUGGGGGUCCCAGGAGUUCGCCCCCUCAGGGCCCCCCGAGGCUGGCCCUGGUGUCACCGGGCGAGCGGGCUGGCUGGCUGGCUGGCUGGCGGGGGGUUAAAUUUUAAAGAAACAUGUGUGUGUGUGUUAGUGUUAGAGUGUGUGUGUUAGUGUUAGACUGUGUGUGUGUGUUAGUGUUAGAGUGUGUGUGUGUGUUAGUGUUAGUUUUUUUGUGUCAGUGUGUGUGUUACUGUGUGUGUCUGCUAGUGAGUGUCAGUGAGUGUGUUAGUUUUUGUGUGUGUGUUACUGUGUGUGUUAGUUUGUGUGUGUCUGUUAUUGAGUGUGUGUCUGCUAUUGAGUGUGUCUGCUAGUGAGUGUUAGUGUGUGUGUUAGUUUGUGUGUCAGUGUGUGUGUGUGUGUUACUGAGUGUAAGUUUGUGUGUGCCUGUUAGUGUGUCUGUUAGUGAGUCUGUUUGGUGUCAGUGAGUGUGUGUUUGUCAGUGAGAGUGUAUGUUUUGUAAGUGAGUGUGUGUGUGUGUCUGUCAGUGAGUGUGUAUGUAUGUCUGUAACGGAGUAUGUUUCUGUCAGUAAAUGUGUGUGUCUGUUAGCUAGUGUGUAUGCGUCUGUUCGUGAGAGUGUGUGUGCGUGUGUUUAAAACCCCUUCAGCACUUACCUUUCUCCAGCGCCGGUCUCCCUUGGUGCUGGGGAUCCUUCCGCCCCGAUCCGCCUCUCAACUACGAAUGCGCUGCUAGAGCCACUCGCGCAUUCAAACCGCCCAUAGGAAGGCAUUACUCAAUGCUUUCCUAUGGACAUCCAGCGUCUUCUCACUGUGAUUUUUCACAGUGAGAAUCACGGAAGUGCCUCUAUUGGCUGUCAGUGAGACAGCCACUAGAGGCUGGAUUAACCCUCAGUGAAACAUAGCAGUUUCUCUGAAACUGCUAUGUUUUCAGCUGCAGGGUUAAAACUAGAGGGACCUGGCACCCAGACAACUUCAUUGAGCUGAAGGGAUCUGGGUGACUGUAGUGGUCCUUAAAGUGUAUGUGUAUCUGCAUGCACUGGCGUACAUACUGCGGUCGCAGGGGUCACAGCCCUGUGACCAGUUGCCCGCCACCGGGGGGGCCCACGGAUCAAUUUUUGCACCUGGGCCCCAUGGGUCGUGUGUAUGCCACUGAUAUAUAUAUAUAUAUAUAUACUUUGCAGUACAAUAAUAGGCCCAUGUUCCCAUUCUUUUACUAAAGUUAAUUCCAGUAAGAAUUCAGUUGACCAAAUUCCCACCUAAUAGACUGGGGUGUUACUAUUACAUUCCAAGACAUUUAUUCAUUUGUUUAUCUGAUUGAUUGAUUGAUUGAUUUUGUUUUUAGGCUGUCCCCUUAACAUCAAUCAACUUUUUUUGGGGAGCCACAAGCAAAACUUCAAAAUCACAAAGCAAAAAACGCUGCUCAGAUCUAUCAUGAUUCCAUCAUACGGCCCUCCAGACUCACAGAAUUUGGAUGACCCAGGAGGAGCCGAAAUCUGGACAAAUUGAAAGUUUUUUGAAACCAAGUUGUUAGGUCUAAUUAAUUCAUAGAAGACCUUACCACCUAGAUUCCAUUUUCUACCCAUAGGGGUUCACCAUUAAUGCCUGCAUACCUUGACAGGCAGCUAUUUCAAAAAGUUUCAUCCUCUGGAGGUAUAGCCAUAUUAAGGCCGUAAUAACCGUAAUACAGGAUGAUUUACUGUAUUCUUCAUAUUGUAGUCUUUUUGAAACCAGUCAAGAGUUUGUAUAGUAAGAGAUCACCAAGCUCUUUCUCCCCUGUCGUCUUCCAAACCCUAAAUUAGAUCAUCUCCCUAAUCAGCUCGCUAUUUCGGGUAAUCUAAAAUACAUGGUGCUGAUUUUGUGUGUAGUAAUCGCACAUAUAAUUGUCAAUCUUGGUGAAAUAAGCUUCUAAGGUGCAAAUAUUUGCCCUUGCUUCAAUAGCUUCCAGAGCUUCAACUGCUGUGUAAAAUGUAAUUACUGUCAUGUUAUACCAGUCGAUAUACAGAAAAGAUAAUAGUGAAACUGGAUUCUUUCAGUUGUGUGUUGUGUUGGAUCGGCCAAAUAUUGAGUUGUAUAGACAUGAGUUUUUACUUGACAGUUCAAAACCACAUUGGCAGAGAAUGGAUGUUUUAAAAACGCAAAUGGAACCAGAUCUCUACUCUACUUUUCCAAGCGAGGUUAUCACAACUUUCCAAUAACCCAGUCUAAAUGUUGGCAAUAGACAUUGUUACUAAAGAUUGGAAACCGCAAAAGUAUCGUUUUCACAAACUCUGUGAAAUUGUUAAAUUGUAACAAAAACCUAAUGAGGUUUUCUCUUUGGGGGAAAAUAUAAUAUAGCUACAUUGUAAAACAGGCUAAAAAAAAAAAGACUUGGACCCAUCAUGUUCUUAACAUAUCUCUGUUUUCAAUGUUGAUCCAAAAGGAGGUGAAAAACACAGUUUGAAGCAAUUUACAAUUUUGCUACAAAAUUAGAAAAAAAGUCCUUCCUCCAAAAUGGCAAUGAGAUUUCUUCUUGGACCGACAUGCUGUUACCACACAUACUAACUGUUAUGUUCUUCAAAAUUCUGUUAUGUGUACAGAUAGUGAAGAAAUCACCUCAUUAGACAUUUAAUUCCACAUCUUGUUGUUUUUACUAAAGAACUCUUUGUUGUAGGCAAAAUCUCCUUUCUACAAGUCUGAAAGGAUGACCUUUUGUCCUUUGUACAGAUGGCCUUUUGUCCUUUGUACAGUUCUAUUAAUGAACACUUUACCAGAAAGUUGUCAUUCACAAUAAAGGAUGAGGUUUGGUUCUCUUAACAAUUAUUUUUUUUUUUAAAUGCCUCUAUAAUUGAUUUUCUAUAUUUUUCAUAUACAAGCCUUCUUGAAGUUACUUCCAUACAAAAAAUAAGCAAAUGCAAAUUAUACAAAAAAAAUCUCCUGUUUUAUAGAGAGGUUUUUAAGCUUUCUGAUGAUUAACUUUUUAGAUCAAUUUGUAUUGGAUUGUAGUGUUAGUUUCUUUUGUUACCAGCAGUAUGAGAUUAUAGCGCCACCUUUUGGUCAGUUUAGUAAUCUGGUAAAAUGUGUUGAUUUCUAACCAUUAUAAGGCCAACUAUUUUAUCUUUUUAAAUCAUCUUGAAUAUGCUUUAUUUUUAAACUCUGCAAUACACACAUGCACACUGCACAAUACUGUGUGUUUUAAUCAAAUGGAGCUCUGUGAUACAUUUAUACAAACUGCACAUCUACAGCUUAAAAAUAGUUUAUUUUCAUAUCUCGCCAUCGGACUCUAAUAAAAAGUUACUAGGAAUCAUAGCACCGCCAGAAUGUAAAUCAACCUUCUGUAUUUGAAUAAAGCUCACCUUCCUUUCUAUAUUAUUAUUUAACCCCUUAAGGACACAUGACAUGUGUGACAUGUCAUGAUUCCCUUUUAUUCCCAAAGUUUGGUCCUUAAGAGGUUAAAGACAAACUAGUGUUUUUAUUUAGAACAGACUGGUUGAAAAUAAAGAUUUUUUUUGAAAUGCUAGAAACUCUAUAUUCUUAUUAUAUAUAAUAGUUGUCAUAAAAAAAUAAAAUAUGGUAUAUGUUUUAGGGUCUUCUUGUACCCAUUGCCCAUUGAUAUACUACCAUAAUGCUCUGCUUAUAAUUUUUUUUUCAGUUAAAGGUUUUUUUUAAGCAUCAUAGCCACCAUACCCCACUGUAGUGGUUAUGGUGUCAGAAAUAUCCUGACCCCAUCUCUGGUAAUGAGGCAAACUAUUUUGCAAUGGUUUGUCCUCUUACCUGGGUCCAUGCUUGCGCCAAGGGUCCUCUGCGGCCAGUGAUGUGAAUUCUGCUUCUCCAGAGCUGCAGAAUUUGGAUGCCCUUCCCAGCGGCCAUUAACUGCCUGAUAGCGUCAGCUGAUCGCUUUCAACCAAUAAGUGCAACUCUGUGCAUAUUCAGAGAUGUGAUAUUAUCCAGCCCAGAACUCUGGAUCCAAUGCUCCAAUGAUGCUGCUGGAGGUGGAGAUGCACAUAGCAAAACGAUGCACCAUGACCACUUCAAAUCACUGAAGUGGUUAUGGUGCUUGGAGAUUUGGAGAUAACACUUUAAAUUUCAGAAUAGGGAGCUAAGGCAUUUCGAUAUUAUUAGUCAAAUUCUACUUUACAAUUACAAAAUUAAGAUGUGAACAUUCUGCAUUGUAUUUUGUACUUUUCUGUUGCUCAAUAAAUUAGUAUAAAAAAACCUUUUAUAUUCCACCGACAUAUCCCACAGUACUUUACUAUUUUAGCCAUUUAUCCUUUCCAAUUCGACUAUAUGUUCUUAUAAUUGAUAGUGUGUACUAUGUAGCACUGUGUGAUCUCUUAAAAUGUCUCUUGAUUGCAUACAAUUUAAAACAAAACUAUUCUUGCAACCUUUAAAUAUUUAUUUCUAUUUUGAUUAUUUGCAAAAAUGUGCUGACUACUUCAUUAAAUAGAAUUGCAAAAUUUGGAAAAUCCGCUGGAGUUAUUUACAAAGACACGAACUGUGGCAAAUUCAAAGUGAAUUUUCAACGUUUCAGCUAAAAUAGCCAAAUUAAUAUAAUUUUUCUAGCCACCUCUGUUUUCAUUGGUUUGUUAUAAAAUUAGAACUUCACUUAGAAUUCCGUGGAUACAUUUAACACUUCAGUAAAUAACGCUCUGGGUGGAACUGUCCCUUUAACAUGUGACACUAUUUAUCUACUUAUCAUUGUAAAAAAGAAACAGCUACACCCUCUGUCAGGUGAGCGUGUUUGUGUUGCUUUGUUAAUCACAAUGGCAUGCAGGCUUGCCAAGAAACCGGAAUUCAGACCAGUUGUCAUUGUCACGCAAUUCAUCUUGUUAAAGGCAUAUCAUUGCAUUUCGCCAUUUUCACAGGAGGAAAAGGUUUUAACUGCUAUCAGGAGCCUAUCUUUUUUUUAUUUGCCGACAGAAAGAGGAGGGGUAGAGUCUUCAGUGAUGCAAUUUAUUUAACAGUUUUAUGUAAUGUCAUUUUAAAGGUGUACUCCAACCAAAAAACAGUGUUUUAAGAAAACUUUGGUUUUGGUUAGAGUAAGCCUUUCUAUGCUGCCGCCCCCCACCUCCAUAUAAAAAAAUUAAAAAAAUUAAAAAACCCGCUAAAACUCACCUAUAUUUGAGCUCUGAGGUUUUUCCUUCAGUUCAAUCUUUCUCUACUGACCUCACUUGUGGUCAGGGCUGCCAUCAGAAAUUUUGUGGACCCCUACACAGCUCAAGGCCUUGGCCCCUGAGUCCACUCACACGGCCCACGCCUAAGUCCACCCGCAUGUGUAUAUAGUGGAUGCAGCGUGUGUGGUUGUGGUGUUGGAUAAGGGCUGUGGGGGGUUAGCAUUUUCUUUUUUUAAAUUUAUACAUUUAUUUGCCCUUGCCUACAUCUUACCUGAGGUAGCAGUGGAGUUAAACUCUUUAUGUGCAGCUUUUCAUAGCAAACAUGUGGACUCCAGGCACCAUGACCACUUCAUAUCACUGAUCAGUGGUCAUGGUGUUUGAACUCGGAGUAAUCCUUUAAUAUUAGACAACACACAUCUAACCUGCUUUAUAAACUAUUAACAUAAUAUUUAACAACAAGCACUAACCUGUUUUAUGUACUUUAAACUUAAAGGGACACUACAGGCACCCAGACCGCUUCAGCUCAUUGAAGUGGUCUGGGCACUGUGUUAUUAUCCCACUUAGUCCUGCAUUCACUAGAUUUUAAAUUGUUGAAGAUUUUAAGAUCAACAUAGCUGUGCUAGGAACAUAGGUGACCUGAAUUUUUCUGGCUCAGCUAUUUGGCCCUAGUAGUAAUAAUUUCCUAGUGAAUUAUAGUGAAUUCCCCAGAAUUUACAGAUUAUUUUAAAAAAAACCCUGAUUAAAAAGUUAAAUCAGGAAGCAUUUUUGAACCAGAACAAGAGACUUGAUUUCAAUUUAAUGGGAAGAUUGACGGCAUAAUGUGAAGUAACUACUUUUCCAAAAAGGUAGUGGAUACCUGGAAUAGUCUUCCGGUGAGGUAGUAAAAACCAGCGCUGAAAAGAAAUUCUAUAAUGCUCAGGAUGUGCCAUAAACAUGUUUUCAAUUUUUAAUAUUUUGUCCCUAAAUGUGAAAUUAAUUUCAAAUUCACAUUGAUUUCCUGACAAUUCAUAAUGCAGUGAAUAACCCUGAUUGUGUCCAUUAAAUAAUGUCCAUUCUUCUGUUUUUUUUUCCCCUUAUUACUAUAAGGUAUGGGAUGAGAGAUUGGCAAAGUCUGCAGAAUCCUGGGCGAACCAAUGUAAAUGGGAUCACGGGCCCAGUCAACUCAUGCGAUUUAUAGGUCAGAAUCUCUCCAUUCAUUCGGGCAGGUAAUACAUUAUUUAUUUUUUUACCAUUGCUCAUUGCUCACUAAUAAUUUAGAUAUUUUUUUCUUGAAAAACAAUAUUACAAAUGUCUGUUCCUGUUUUCAAAAUGAAUUGCUCUUUUAUUUUUUAAGUGAAUUGUCACUUGUGACGCAAUUUUGGUCUUCAGCUAGUUUUUACCGUGACAGGAGCCACAUCAAUAUUGGACUCUUGCGCAUGUAGAGGAGUACAAAAUUGGGAUCUAUUGAAAAUCCUGCGAGAUGGCAGGGUCCUUCAUAAAUCCAUUAAGAACUAGCUCACUUUGUACAUUAAAAUAUAUUUUCCCAUCAGCCGUCGUGUAUGGUGGGGUAAAGGAAAUUGGCAAGAUGCGGUAAUGGAAGUUCCACGCAUAUAUUUUGCCAAAAAUUAUCUUGUCCAUAAACCAAAUUAGUCUCUCUCUUAUCUUUUGAGUGUGUUGAAAUCGGAAUUAAAAUACAAUUAAUAUCCUGAGAGAUUGUUAUGGAAGAUUAAGGCGUGAUGAAAAGUAAUUUUGUUUCUCUGAGAAAGCCAUAAAAGAGGAAGUUCUCUUCUUUAAACAGUUUUCUUAGAGUAAUAAAUGAUAUAACCUGAUAUUUCUUCUAGAUAUCGCUCGAUCGUAGACCUCGUGAAGGCGUGGUAUGAUGAGAGACAGCACUAUUCCUUUCCUUAUCCUCGAGAGUGCAAUCCCAGCUGCCCCAGUAAAUGCAGUGGUUCGGUCUGCAGUCAUUACACCCAGGUACGGAUCAAGUGAUUGUGAAGAUGGUUUUAUCCUCAGUUAUUUAGAGAGGCAUAAAGUCAUAUUUGCAGCAGCUAUUGAAACAAAAUAUCCCAUGAUCCUAACUCUGUGUAUGAUGUAGGGGCAGUGCCCUAUGUGGCCAAAAGGGGGCAUCUAUAAUACUUGUAUCUUUACUAAACAGUGUUAAAAAAAAUUGCUACGUCUAAUAAUAAUAUGAAGUAAAAAUCUCUCUACUUUCAGCUGUGUCCCAGGGUAUAUAUGAAACAUAUUCCUGGCUCAAUAACAGUACUUAUUCCAUUGACCUUGCAUAGCUAAAAGUCUGAGUGGAUAUCGUGUCGAUUUUUCUAUUCUUACAUUUUGACCUUGUUACUCAGCUCACUGGUAUUGAUUCCAUUGACCUGGGAAGUUGAAAGUCAGGGCUGGCAUUGACAGGAAUCCUUUCUAUUCUCUUGCUGUGCGCAUGUUAUAUGGAUCCAACAAAUAAACGUUUGAGGUCUAUAUUUAAGCAUUUUCUCAAUCGGCAAAAGUGCAUAAAAGAACAAUUCCACCCCCAUAAUACACUUCAUUACUAUGAAGUUGUUGUGUUGGUAGGAGCACCACGCACACUUUACUUUCAGGGUUUAAAUCUCUUUUAAACAGUUGAAGCCUGAAGUUGGUCCCAAUGGCGCCCAUCGGCACUGUUUUCUGCAAUCUUUCUCCAGGAAGGUUUGCCCUGGUGGUUGGUCAUAGGCUGAGAGUGUCAGUUGGCGCUUCGUCACUGGCUGCCUAUUGCAAGUAAUAGUAAUAAAAAGUGAUGGUAUCUGCAUCCUCUUGAUUGCAUGCUUUUUGGCCAAUACACAUGACCUCUUCCAAUGCUGUUGCUAAUUGCCUGUUUCACAACUUGAAGUAUAAGUCUCCAGAAUUAUAGCUAGAGGGACUGAUGGGUCUGCUCACACAUUGUAUCUUUUUGACCCUAUAUCUUACAAACUUAGAAAUAUCAUUAAGGACUUAAAAUUUGCUAAUGGAAACGAUCAAUUGCCAACAAUUUUCCAACUCGGUGAAUAAUCUUGUUUUUAAUAGUUCCUCGAACUUUGCAUAUCCUGUAUAGACUUGUACCUGGGCAAUAUUCCAUGUCGCAAGAUAGAAUUUUCUCAUUCAUUCACUGACACCAUGAUGGUCCAGGCUACAGUUCAAUCUCUUUUCCAAGAAGUUCUGCAUAUUUUUGACACCUUUCUUAUAAAUUAUCUUCUAGUAGCAUUUGCUAGACAUUUUACCUUCAGCCUAACCUUUUGUCCCCUUCACUGGCACCUCUCCCUACAUCUGCAGGCAGUUAAAUAUUUUUCCAUGCUCCGUCUUCUGCUCGAGGUUUGCGUUCACGGCCAGAUAUUUAUUUUCUGAGGAAGAAGGCUUUCCUCUCACAUUUCAUUUUUACCUUCGACAGACAAGUGUUAAAUGGCAGCUGGUGUGCGUUUUUCUUUAUUUUUUUCUUCUUCUCCUUAUUAAACACGUAACACGCAAUCACAGAUGUUUUCUGUAUUUGUCUCAUUGUGUCCUUUGCUACUGAAGGAGCAAUCUACAGAUGGAGAAAUCGUCUGAUACGGGACACGUAUAAAACACCCAGCUAAUUGUAAAAACUUCUAAAAAAAAAGUCUAAAAAAAGAGACUUUUAAUUUAUCUUUAUUCCAGAACCAAGACUGAGAGACAGCAAUCCUGAUGAUCUCUGGUAUAAGCAUAAGCUCCUCAUAGAGAAGUAUGGUGGACCCAUGGCACAUGCGCCAUCAUUUCAGUACUUCUCAUAGAGAACUAUGGUGAACCCAUGGCACAUGCUCCGUCAUUCCAGUACUUCUCAUAGAGAAGCAUUAAAUCCAACAGAUGUGUUUGGUUGUGCGUGAUGACUCUGAAUUUGAAGAUCUUUGAAACUUGAAGGUUAAGAGGAAAUGCCUCUAAUGGCUGUCUGUUUGGCAGCCAGAAGAUGUGUUCUCAGUGAACAUUGCCCUUUCCAAACUCCAGUGUUUUGCAUUGUAAGAGAAAAAGGGACCGCAUAUUUACACCACAACCAGUGCAAUGAUGUGUAUUUGUUUUGGGGACCUUUCGUUUCAAUAACACUUGUGUCUGAUGAUCAAACCAAGGGGUCUUGUAGCUGACCGAUAAAAUCAUUUUUUCAGCAUUAAGUACAAGAUCAUCCUACGUGUUGUGCCUUUUUGAUAAAACCAGUUGAGGGUAAUCCCUUGUGGAAGGUAUUUUUCAUCUGGGUAGCUAUUUUUUAGAAAAGGGCCAUCACCAUUUUGUUUUUUUGUUUUUUACAUUAUUACCAUUAAAACAAUCUCAGAACUCUUCCUUUGGAAAAAUUGAGCUGGACUAUACUAGUACUUAAAUGGUAUAGGACAUAGAAAAUAUUCUACCAAUGAUCCAUUCGAAACGCCAGUUCUGAGCGCCUUUGGGGGCCCCGGGCAAAGUUAGAUCCCAGGCCCUUUGAAGGCCAAAUAUAGGUGCAUUAAAUAAAUGUUAAUUAUAACUCUCAUAUAAUACGGCAUUCCUUUGGAUGUCUAUAUUGUGAAGACCUGUGUAUCAAUGCAUGUUUGUAUUUGAGUCUGUGUGAAUGCACUUGUGCAUGUCUGGAUGACUACAUGUGCUUUUUUGUAUAUAGUGUCAGUGUGACUGCAUAUGUUUAUUGAGCGUUAGUGUGUGUCUGCAUGUUCAGGGGUGUGGAAUAUUAAAAAAAAAAUCUACUUGUCCAAGGAACUAAAGUAGUAGCCAAUAUACUUAUCCGUUAUGACAAUCUGCUUGUCCAGACACAAAAUAAUAUGAAUUACGAAGAUUGGGGGCCCUUGCCUAGAGCCAUGAACAUUAACAGGGCUAUUUGCUAAACUCAUUUUCACAAAUUAAAUCUGAAUGGACAAAAAAAGGCAAAAAUAGCUGAUCUAGAAGUAUUCUCUAACUUUUUUUAAGUUUACAGUUUGGAUUUAUUUUGCAAAAAUUCCAAGUAUAGUAGAUUACCCUGAGUGUAGUCUCUCCCUUUGUCAUAGUGUGUGCUCGCUACGUGUGUUGUGUGCUGCCUGAAUGUAUGCACUGUGUGCUGCCUGUAUGUAUGUAAUGUGUAUAUGUUUGCUGCCUGUAUGUAUGUAUAGUGUGUGUGUGCUGCCUGUAUGCAUGUAAUGUGUAUAUGUUUGCUGCCUGUAUGUAUGUAUAGUGUGUGUGUGUGUGUGUGUGCUGCUUGUAUGUAUGUAAUGUGUAUAUGUUUGCUGCCUGUAUGUAUGUAUAGUGUGUGUGUGUGUGUGUGUGUGUGCUGCCUGUAUGCAUGUAAUGUGUAUAUGUUUGCUGCCUGUAUGUAUGUAUAGUGUGUGUGUGUGUGUGUGCUGCCUGUAUGCAUGUAAUGUGUAUAUGUUUGCUGCCUGUAUGUAUGUAUAGUGUGUGUGUGUGUGUGUGCUGCUUGUAUGUAUGUAAUGUGUAUAUGUUUUCUGCCUGUAUCAGGGGUGAGGAAAUGUAAAAAAAAAAAAAACUACUUGUCCAGGGACUAAAGAGUUUGCCCAAUCUACUUGUCCGCCAUCACAAUCUACUUGUCCUGAUACAAAAAACAGUUUUAAUCAAAGCCGUAAAUAAGAUCUUUAUUGAUACCGUAAAUAAGAUCUUUAUUGAUAGUAACUUAAGACCUAAUAAUACUUAAAUGGAAUCAAGUAGGUAGUGAACUUAAACAGAAUCAUUUCCUAGUAAGAAUUGUAGCUUACUUUAUCAAAAAAUAUAACUAUAAGUAACUGAGGCAACCUCAUGAGGCCAUUUAUGUCCAUUGACAUGUUUGGUUACAGAAAAGGUGGUGCUUACACUGCUGAGCCUACAGCGUCAAUCUUUUCGCUCUAGAACCACUACAUUAAACUGUAGUGGCUCUGGUGCCUAGAGCACCCCUGUAAAAACUGGUCUUUGGGAAUAUAGUGUGGGGUGGGAUCAGUGGUGUAUUCAGGUUUUGUGCUGCCGUAGGCAUGACAAAACUCAGCCCCCCCCCCCUUCCACAUUUCUCUUGCUGACAGACACACGCCCUCACUGAUGCAUGCACUGACAUACACUCACAUUCAGAUACACAGUCAUUGUCACACACACUUUCACUGAAACAUACACAUUCACAGGCAUACACACACACUCACAUUCACCGACACACAUAUACACUAACUGACAGACACAUACUCACUGACAAGACACACAUGCUUAUUCACUGACAGAUGCACAUUCACUCAGUGUUUCUCACACACACACUUGGACACACAUUUACUCCCUAACAGGCUUAGAUACACACUAUUAAACACACAUACACACUCACUGACAGGCAUAUAUAUACUCAGUGUCAGACACACACAUUCUGACACUGACAGACACACACACACUUUCAGGGACAGACAUGGAUACACACACUGACACACACAUACACUCACUGAUAGAAACACAUACAUACACACUCACUGACAAACACAAAUAUACUCUCAAUGACAAACACAAAUACACUCUCAAUGACAAACACACACUCACUAACAGACACACGCACACUCUAACAGACACACACUAACACUCACUGACAGACACACGCACUCUCACUAACAGACACAUACUAACACACACACUCUCACUAACAGACACACUAACACACUCACUAAGAAAGACACACUAAGACACUCACAUUUUUUUGUGCUUACAUUUUGGAUUUUUCCCUGUGAUCCUUUGGGGCUGCUGCUAGCUGGACUGGCACGCAGGGAGACCUCAGGGGAGCAGGGAGAGCUCAGGGGACAGUUCUCCCUCGCUGCCCACCUAACUCAGGUAGAUGCCAGACUCUGGGGGGCCUGACGUGGCCAGCCAGCCAGCUCUCUGGUCCCCCAGGGCAAGAGGCUGGCAAGGCAUUUGCUGGGGCAUUUGGGGGCGGCUUUUUUGCCACCCCCUGCAAGUGCCGCCCAAGGCAAAUGCCUUGUCAGCCUCACAGUAAAUACACCGCUGGGUGGGAUAGCUAUGUAGUGUAUAGGUUAUGCAGUGUGUAUCAGGAACAUAGUGUGAGGUGGGAUAAGGAUGUAGUGUGUAUUUGUGUAGGUUAUGUAGUGACUGACUGUACCCCCUGAAGGCGGCCAUGGCAGUAUGCAUGCUAUAGAUUUAAAGGCAGUGACCUUUCAGACUGCAGUCAGAUGUUAACAGUCCAUAGUUUGUGAUAUUCUAUAUUUUGUAUUAACCUUUUCCCUGUCAUGCUCAGAGUUCUUUAAAAUUUAUAUAAAAUAUUUAGUAAGUUACAUCACAAUCCUGUUCAGUCCUGGCACAGCCAAGGCACACAAUGCAAAUGAGGAGCUGAAACCGAAACUUUAUUUAGUUUCUCCUGUUCUGUCUAUGUUUUCUCUAUGCUGGCAGUCAGGCUGUGUGUUGCAGGAUAAAAAGUUGUCAACAUCUUAAUGUUCUUUAGUUUUUCAAACCUCCAAAACACAUUUAUUGUUAAUUAUAGGGAUUAAGUAAAAAAUUAUAUUAACUAUCUUAGGAAGUAACGGGUCCUCUUUAAGUAUUACAUGAGAAGAAUCAGCCACUGUUCGCCGUAGAACUGAUGUUAUAAGUCAAAAGUCCACCACGUAGUGAAGAUGACAAAGUAGGCAGAUCAGUUCUACAAAGCUGUGUUUUUUUAAUACUCUCUUGAUAUAAAAAAAUAAAAGCAAAGAAAUAAAAUGAAAAUUUUAAAAAGCGCACACGCACGUUAAUUUGAGCUGUCAAAAUGUCUGUUUCACCAGACUUUCCAAACAGCAUAUCGUAUAAAAUCAGGUGUAAAAUAAACCAUUACAUAAUUAUAUUUGGCAAGUCGAACGGCACCUGGAAUUCACCACAACUGUCACUGACGCACUCAUCUCGGCAGAUUUUGUAAUGAAAGGGCUCGUUUCAGACAUAUUCAUUCCACGGUUUAUGUUGGAUGGAUUUAUUUUCCAACAGCUGCUCCUCUGGAUUCCAAAACCAUUUCUUUAUUGGCCUUAUUUUUUUUUAAAUUGAUGGCUUCUCCUAAUAUUUCACUAACAUAAAAAUUCAUUUUCUGCAAAUAGUCGUUGGUUUUUGUGGUAUUUGGUAGUUCUCAGUGACGUGUUCAGCUUGUGUAACUUUCAGUAAAAUAAGUUCUGAGUAAUUACGAUGCAGCGUGGAUAGAAGCGAUGACAGUAUAGUACCCCUCACCUGUACAGCACAACGAAUAAACGUUUAUUCAAACAAAAUGCAAAUUUUGUCCUUACUAACUAGACUUUUAUCAAGUAUAAAAACAGCAAAUUUAUAGACCAAACAUUCACCUACCCACCAGUGCAAUAUAUAUAUAUAUAAACGUAUAUAUUAUAUACAUAUAAAAUAUAUAAUAUGUAAAUAAAUCCCCAAUUAAAUUAUAUAUUGAAGAUAUAUUUUGUACUUGCACGUUUAAGGGGACACUUUACACAUCGCACACAUUUCUCCCCCCCCCCCACAAAAUCCCUAACUGUCACAAAAAAAUACAUUUUUGAAAUAAAAAUUCAUACAAGCAAAGUAUUUGGCUUUUUUAAUUUGUAUAAAGCGACAUCUGUUUUGAAUAUUACAAAUAGAUAGUUGUCUUUCUGCUGUAAUUAUUUCUCUUACAUUAUAUAAUCUCUAUUUAUUUCAAAUAUUUCCAUAAAGAAUAAAUACAUUUUAAAAAUUUAAAAAGAAAGAAAGAACCGUAAAUGUGCUUACUUCAUUAAUAUAAAGUGAUUGUGGUGCCUAUUUUUUUAUUUUAAUGUAAACCAUUACUUUUUUGUGCUGACAUGCCUCCCCAGUGACCCUAUUUAGGGGGGGCAGUCCCUAUUUGGGCCCAAAUCCUUCUGUUUUGCUUUUCUAUGCUAAUGUCCCUCUCACUAGGCGCUGUUAGUGUGUCUCGGUAAAAGCACAUGUGCAGAUAUGUGUGUUAAAAAAGGAUUUUUGGAUAGGAGAUCCAGAGUGGUCCCCUAUGUUAAGGAGUGAUUCCCUGGUCCUACAAAUGUUCUUUCUUUCCUCAGAUUUUAAAUUUUGCUGCAGAUAGGUCAUUAACCUGAAGGGCAAGGGAAUAGAUGGUAGGGGCUUGAGAACUGUGCCUAUAGGUGCCCAAGAUCUGGCCUUGAGUGGUCAGCAGAGAAACCCUUACAGCCGGUCAGGAGAGAUCUUUUGUGUGCACCUGACCAUUGCUGCCAUGCCAUGGAAAUUCGGGCUAUAAAAGAUGUCUGCAGAUUAUUUUCCUGUAAUACACUGUUAACCUUACGCAUCCUAUCUGGAAUAUUGCACAAAUUACCCUGUUUUGCUUUCUAAUAAUUCACUAUAAAUACAGACUUUUAUCAGCCUUUGGCACUGAUAUUCUUCUAUUGGCAUUUAUUGUCAGAUCACCCACCCAUGUUACCUAAAUAUUGUCCAUUGGAUUUGUUCUCAAUGUCUAUCCCCUCUCUGGUGCUAAAAACAUACGCUUUGAAAAAUGAGUCGGUUGCUAAGCUAUGGCCUAUAAAUUGUGCGGAAAUCAGGCAAGCCUGUCAGAAAAUGCUCUCUUUCAUCAAACAACAGCAAAUCUUAGUGUAGCUGGUAGUUGUCCACUGAAACACAGGGCCAAAUGGGAAAUUAACUGUCAGUAGCAAAGACAUACUGACUGUCUGUGGCUAAUUACAAGGUGUGAAAUCUGCACUCUGACAAAUGAGAACGGAAAGUGUAUUUUAUGAAAGAAAUUUGAAAAUAGGGUCAAAUAAGGCUAGAAAGAGCCUUAUUUGUAUUUUUUCUAAAGGGAGUACUUGUGUUAUGGGUAGAUGCAAACCUCAUGUGUAUUUACUGAUGAAGAAUGGGUUGAAAGGCUAGCAAUCUGUACAAGAUGCUCGACAACAGAGUUGCAACAUUAUUCUUCUAAUACUUUAUAGCAGGUAAUGUAAACAGCUUCCGGAUCUCACUUUGCCUGCUAUGAGAAUGUUUGGUCUGGUAAUUCUGGACUAUCAUAAUUUAGGGUACUAGCUGGGAAAUGUAGAUAGUUGGACUGGGAGAGUAAUUGGUCUGGUUAAGGUAUGAGAUGUCUGAAUGUUUGAAUAGUCUGUGUAUUGACUUAGAUCAAAGGUAGGCAACUUUCGGCACCUUAGAUGUUGUGGACUACAUCUUCCAUAAUGUCCUUACAGGCAUAGUGUUGGUAAACAUCAUGGGAGAUGUAGAACACAACAUCUGGAGUGCCGAAGGUUGCCUACGCCUGACUUAAAUUUUAGAAUCGUUGGUCUGGAAUUUGGAUUCGUUAUCAGAAUGAUUUGUCCCUAUACUGGUUGAGAAAUACAUAUGGUUGGGCUGGAAGUUGGAUGGGCUCUCUGAUUUGAUGGUCUAUGUAAUUAAUGGCUUCUUGACUUUCCUGACUUCAAAUUUCUCUAUUUCAGAUGGUCUGGGCAUCUUCAAACAGAAUAGGUUGUGCCAUCAAUACCUGCUCCAAUAUUAAUGUCUGGGGAAGUACAUGGAGACAAGCUGUAUAUUUGGUGUGCAAUUAUUCAAUAAAGUAAGUAUGCCUCUUUUUUUCCAACCAACAAUUUUUUCCUAGAUUUUUAUAAACUUUCAAAUUGCCUGGCCAAAAUUCUCUCAUAAUUUACGCACAACGACCAAUAAGGAUUUGUGAAAAAUAGACAGGGUUCCGAUAAUGUCAGGAAAUUAUGAAUAUACUAUCUCACAUAAAUUUGGGGCAAAGCGAAGGUCUUCUCCUAGCACUAGAUGUGGAGAAGGCCUUCGAAAGGAUAAAUUGGAAAUACAUGGAACAGGUGCUGUUGCCUUUGGGCUUCCCUCUAUCUUUUAUUACAGGCACUACGGCCCUUUACAAUGACCCAAAAGCCCAAGUGUCUAACGCAGGAUUUGUUUCCACACCCUUUAACAUCACAAACGGUACCAGACAGAGGUGCCCUUCGUCCCCAAUUCUGUUUAUCUUAUCAUUCAAGCCUUUAGCGCACAAAAUCAGAGCCCACACGGAAAUUAAGGGGAUUACUAUUGGUAAAAAGGAAUAUUGGUUGUCCUUAUUAGCUGACAAUAUUUUAUUAACAUCGAGCAGUACAAACAGUACACACCCUUCAACAAUCUCAUAAGUUUGACUGGAGUACUAAACACAUCGCGUAUCUGGGAAUAAAACUGGCACCUACGGCUGAUGAGAUGUUUAAUUAUAAUUUUAAACCACUGCUCACGAUGUGUAAAGAAGAAUUCCUUAAAUGGAAAGUGGUUAAAAUAUUGUGGCUAGGGAAAACAAACACACUUAAAAUGGUCAUACUCCCGAAGAUCUUAUACAGUUGCAAGAAAAAGUAUGUGAACCCUUUGGAAUGAUAUGGAUUUCUGCACAAAUUGGUCAUAAAAUGUGAUCUGAUCAUCAUCUAAGUCACAACAAUAGACAAUCACAGUCUGCUUAAACUAAUAACACACAAAGAAUGAAAUGUUGCCAUGUUUUUAUUGAGCACACCAUGUAAACAUUCACAGUGGAGGUGGAAAAAGUAUGUGAACCCUUGGAUUUAAUAACUGGUUGAACCUCCUUUGGCAGCAAUAACUUCAACAAACGUUUCCUGUAGUUGCAGAUCAGACGUGCACAACGGUCAGGAGUAAUUCUUGACCAUUCCUCUUUACAGAACUGUUUCAGUUCAGCAAUAUUCUUGGGAUGUCUGGUGUGAAUCGCUUUCUUGAGGUCAUGCCACAGCAUCUCAAUCGGGUUGAGGUCAGGACUCUGACUGGGCCACUUCAGAAGGCGUAUUUUCUUCUGUUUAAGCCAUUCUGUUGUUGAUUUACUUCUAUGCUUUGGGUCAUUGUCCUUUUGCAACACCCAUCUUCUGUUGAGCUUCAGCUGGUAGACAGAUGGCCUUAAGUUCUCCUGCAAAAUGUCUUGAUAAACUUGGGAAUUCAUUUUUCCUUCGAUGAUAGCAAUCUGUCCAGGCCCUGACGCAGCAAAGCAGCCCAAAACCAUGAUGCCCCCACCACCAUACUUCACAGUUGGGAUGAGGUUUUGAUGUUGGUGUGUUGUGCCUUUUUUUCGCCACACACAGUGUUAUGUGUUUCUUCCAAACAACUCAACUUUGGUUUCACCUGUCCACAGAAUAUUUUGCCAGUACUGCUGUGGAACAUCCAGGUGCUCUUGUGCAAACUGUAAACGUGCAGCAAUGUUUUGUUUGGACAGCAGUGGCUUCCUCUGUGGUAUCCUCCCAUGAAAUCCAUUCUUGUUUAGUGUUUUAUGUAUUGUAGAUUCGCUAACAGGGAUGUUAGCAUUUGCCAGUGACUUUUGUAAGUCUUUAGCUGACACUCUAGGAUUCUUUUUCACCUCAUUGAGCAGUCUGCGCUGUGCUCUUGCAGUCAUCUUUACAGGACGGCCACUCCUAGGGAGAGUAGCAACAGUGCUGAACUUUCUCCAUUUAUAGACAAUUUGUCUUACCGUGGACUGAUGAACAGCAAGGCUUUUGGAGAUACUUUUAUAACCCUUUCCAGCUUUAUGCAAGUCAACAAUUCUUAAUCGUAGGUCUUCUGAGAGCUCUUUUGUGCGAGGCAUCAUUCACAUCAGGCAAUGCUUCUUGUGAAAAGCAAACCCAGAACUGGUGUGUGUUUUUUAUAGGGCAGGGCAGCUGUAACCAACACCUCCAAUCUCAUCUCAUUGAUUGGACUCCAGUUGGCUGACAUCUCACUCCAAUUAGCUCUUGGAGAUGUCAUUAGUCUAGGGGUUCACAUACUUUUUCCACCUGCACUGUGAAUGUUUACAUGGUGUGUUCAAUAAAAACAUGGCAACAUUUCAUUCUUUGUGUGUUAUUAGUUUAAGCAGACUGUGAUUGUCUAUUGUUGUGACUUAGAUGAUGAUCAGAUCACAUUUUAUGACCAAUUUGUGCAGAAAUCCAUAUCAUUCCAAAGGGUUCACAUACUUUUUCUUGCAACUGUAUGUCUUCCACAUGUUACCAAUCCGUGCACUCCUAUUGUUCUGCAAACAAACACAAACGCUUUUCUCAGCUUUCAAAUGGGACUCCCGUAAACCGAGACUCCCUGCACAUCUUUUACAAAGACACAUGAUGGAGGGAGGGAUAGGCCUACCUAACAUAUAUGCUAAUUAUAAAGCUACCCAUUUAGAAGCAGCAGUGAGGUUACAUACCCCUUGCCAAACAGUUAAAUGGGUUGGCAUGGAAAAUGAGACUUACACUCCACUGGGACCUCUUCCAAAGUACACACGGUGCCCACCUCAAAUUCCACCCACUCGCUCCACUUACGUCCCUCAAGGCGGUCAACCCAUGGCUAACCCUGCACACCUGGAACAAAGCUGGUAUUUCCUCAAUUAACUCUCUGAUGCGCCAAUAUGGCAUUGUGCCCUUCUCAGACUUACAAAAAGAGCACAACUUACCGAACUCUUUUGUGUUCCCAUAUCUACAAAUUAAGAGCAUUAUCCCAACACAUGUAUACACCAAGGCUGAAAUGUCCAUCCCCCUUUUUAAUAAUGUAAAUCAUUUAUGAAAAAUGCCAUAAAGUGUACACUAAACGUAAAUCAUUGUCAACCUGCUAUGGAACCAUUAUGCGAGGAAUCCCAUGUAAACCACCUGCUUAUAUGACCAAAUGGGCCACAGAAAACAAUGUUACCUUAACCGAAACAGAAUGGAUUUCCUCUAUUAACGCAUUGAAAGGCGUCACUCAAUGCUACUCACAUAUUGACAUAUCACAUAAGUUAUAUAUAUCUGGUAUCUGACACCUUGCAGACUCCACAGGAUGUUUUCGAAUGUCCCACAUUUCUGCUGAAGAUGCGGCGAGGACGAGGGACAUAUGACACAUAAAUGGUGUAGCUGUAAAACCAUUAAACCACUGUGGGAUCCAGUUAGUGCACUCUUACAAUCUGUUAAUGCUGGUACUUCACGAACAGGCCUAUUCCUGUCCUUAACUGGAGAAUUACCUAUCAAACUAAGACAGCCAGUAAUUCUUACUACAUUAGCUGCCAGGAAUCUAAUUGUCCUUCAAUGGAAGUAACAAAUAUGCCCAUCCAAAACUCAGCUCAUAGACAAGCUUAAGCAAUAUUUUAUAUAUAUAUAUAUGUGCGGAUGUCCCUCAUGUCCAAAAAACAGGGCGAAACCUUUAAUGCCUCGUGGCAACCAUGGUUAGAAUACUUUAAUAGUGAAAAAUGACAUUAAAACAUAGAAUGUGACGGCAGAUAAGAACCAUUCGGCCCAUCUAGUCUGCCCAAUUUUUUAAAUACUUUCAUUAGUCCCUAGCCUUAUCUUAUAGUUAGGAUAGCCUUAUGCCUAUCCCACGCAUGCUUAAACUCCUUUACUGUGUUAACCUCUACCACUUCAGCUGGGAGGCUAUUCCAUGCAUCCACUACCCUCUCAGUAAAGUAAUACUUCCUGAUAUUAUUUUUAAACCUUUGUCCCUCUAAUUUAAGACUAUGUCCUCUUGUUGUGGUAGUUUUUCUUCUUUUUAAAUAUAGUCUCCUCCUUUACUGUGUUGAUUCCCUUUAUAUAUUUAAAUGUUUCUAUCAUAUCCCCCCUGUCUCGUCUUUCGUCCAAGCUAUACAUGUUAAGAUCCUUUAACCUUUCCUGGUAAGUUUUAUCCCGCAAUCGAUGAACCAGUUUAGUAGCCCUUCUCUGAACUCUCUCUAAAGUAUCAAUAUCCUUCUGAAGAUACGGUCACCAGUACUGCGUACAAUGCUCCAAGUGAGGUCUCACCAAUGUUCUGUACAAUGACACUUCCCUCUCUCUACUGCUAAUACCUCUCCCUAUACAACCAAGCAUUUUGAUAGCAUUUCCUGCUGCUCUAUUACAUUGUCUGCCUACCUUUAAGUCAUCAGAAAUAACCAACCCUAAAUCCCUUUCCUCAGAUGUUGAGGUUAGGACUCUAUCAAAUAUGCUAUACUCUUCCCUUGGGUUUUUACGUCCAAGAUGCAUUAUCUUGCACUUAUCCACAUUAAGCCACAGCUCUGACCAUUUUUCUAGUUUACCUAAAUCAUUUGCAAUUUGACUUAUCCUUCCUGGAACAUCAACCCUGUUACAUAUCCUAGUAUCAUCAGCAAAGAUACAUACCUUACCAUCAAGACCUUCUGCAAUAUCACUAAUAAAAAUAUUAAAGAGAAUGGGUCCAAGUACAGAUCCCUGAGGUACCCCACUGGUGACAAGUCCAAGCUUCGAAUAUACUCCAUUAACAACAACCCUCUGUUGCCUGUCACUCAGCCACUGCCUUACCCAUUCAACAACAUUGGAAUCCAAACUUAAAGAUUGCAGUUUAUUGAUAAGCCUUCUAUGUGGAACAGUGUCAAAAGCCUUACUGAAAUCUAGGUAAGCAAUGUCUAUUGCACCACCCUGAUCUAUUAUUUUAGUUACCCAAUCAAAAACAUCAAUAAGAUUAGUUUGGCAUGAUCUCCCUGAAGUAAACCCAUGUUGUCUCUGAUCUUGAAAUCCAUGUGAUUUUAGAUGUUCAACAAUCCUAACCUUUAACAUGGUUUCCAUCACUUUCCCCACUACUGAAGUAAGGCUUACUGGCCUAUAGUUGCCCGACUCCUCCCUAUUACCUUUCUUGUAAAUGGGCACAACAUUAGCUAACUUCCAAUCUUCUGGGACUACUCCUGUUAACAAUGAUUGGUUAAAUAAAUCUGUUAAUGGUUUUGCUAGUACACCACUAAGCUCUUUUAACAGCUUUGGGUGUAUUCCAUCAGGUCCCAUUGACUUAUUUGUCUUUACUUUUGACAGUUGAAAUAAAACCUCUUCCUUUGUAAACUCACGUGUAAUAAAUUACUCAUUUAUCCUUUUUCCUAACUGAGGCCCCUUUCCUUAAUUUUCACCUGUAAAUACUGAACAAAAAUAUUAAUUGAGGCAGUCAGCUAGAUCUUUAUCCUCUUCUGCAUACCUUCCUUCUUUUGUUUUUAAUCUAACUAAUCCUUGUUUUACUUUCCUUUUCUCAUUUAUGUAUCUAAAAAAAUGUUUUGUCCCUUUUUUUGCUGACUGUGCUAUUUUCUCUUUUGUGUGUGAUUUGGAAGCUCUUAUAACUUGCUUAGCCUCUUUCUGCCUAAUCUUAUAGAUCUGUCUAUCUUCUUCACUCUAGGUUCUUUUAUAAUUACUAAAUGCUAACUUUUUGUUUUUUUUACUAUUUUGGCUACAUCUGCGGGGUACCACAGUGGUUUAUUAAUUUUUUUGUUUUUACUGACAACCCGAAUGCAAUUUUCUGUUUCCUUCAGUAGUGCAACUUUUAAAUAAUCCCAUUUCUCUUGGACUUCAUUUAAACUGCUCCAGUCUGAUAAUGACUCCUUUACACAUAUUCUAAUUUUAUAAAAGUCUAAAACUUUUGUUUUUGUGUGGUGUGACUCAGUCACUGUUCUUAUAUUAAACCACACUGACUGAUGAUCACUGGAUCCUAAACUUUCACAUACAGUAAUAUCUGAUACCAAAUCUCCAUUUGUUAACACUAAAUCUAGUAUGGCCUCUUUACAAGUUGGCUCCUCCAAGACUUGUUUUAGAGACAAUCCCAGUAGGGAGUUUAGAAUAUGUGUGCUCCUGCCACAAGCAGCUUUUUUGGUUUUCCAGUUCACAUCAGGAAGAUUAAAGUCACCAAUGAUGAUAACUUCCCCCUUCAUUGUCAUUUUAGCUAUUUCCUCAACUAGUAGAUUAUCUAACUCUUCAAUUUGUCCUGGGGGCCUAUAAAUCACACCUACACGAGUUACUGUGUGAUGACCAAAUUCUAACGUAACCCAAACGGACUCUAUGUUCACCUCACUAACUUUUAUUAGGCUAGAUUUUAUGCUAUCCUUCACAUACAGGGCCACCCCUCCCCUUUUCUUGCCUUCCCUGUCUUUUCUAUAUAAAGAGUACCCUGGUAUUGCUAUGUCCCAGUCAUUUUUCUCAUUAUACCAUGUCUCAGUAACAGCGACUAAAUCUACAUUAUCAGUUGCCAUUUUUGCCACGAGUUCAUGGAUCUUAUUCCCUAAACUGCAAACAUUUGUAGACAUGACUCUAAGCUUAUACAUUUUUAACACACUUGCUACAGGCACCUUCUAUCCCUGUUUUAGGGGGGCAAUUGGAUUGAUGUUUUAUCACCUUUUUGCCCCCCACCUCCUAGUUUAAAUACAUCCUAGCAAAACAUCUGAACUGCUCACUGAGCACAUUUGUUCCCUUUUGAGAAAGAUGCAAACCAUCUUUUUUGUACAGUUUGUUUCCAUUCCAAACAGAGCUACCAUGAGAAAUGAAGCCAAAUCCUUACUACCGACACCAUUCACCAAGCCACAAGUUAAAGUCCCUAAUACACAGCUGCCUGUCGUUCUGAGUGUUAUGCACAGGCAGACCUUAAGAGAAUGACAGUGUGUAAGCAACCUGCCGUAUAUCAUUGGCAAAAACACUAAAAACUUCCUUUACCUCUGAAACCUCAUUGCAAGCCAAGUCAUUUGUCCCUAGAUGGACAAGUACAUCCAAUUCCCCUUCCUGUUUUGCUUGCUUAAUAAUAAUAAUACAAAUACGUCUCCUGUCUCUGUGAGCAGUAGCUCCAGGAAGACAUCUCACAAGGCCACUAUUGUCCAGCUCCACACCUCUUAUGAUAGAAUCCCCCAACAAUAACUACUUUCUAUUAGGUCUCACCAUAGUCUCCAAGUCUGUCUCCAUAAUACCACUACACUCGGUGCCUGAACCUGUCUCCACAACACCACUACACUCGGUGCCUGAGCCUGUCUCCACAACACCACUAUACCCAGUGCCUGAGUCUGUCUCCACAACACCUCUACCUUCAGUGACUGAGUCUGUCUCCACAACACCUCUGCCCUCAGUGACUGAGUCUGUCUCCACAACACCACUACACUAAGUACAUGAGCCUGUCUUGAGAUGUUAUGUUGAGACGUUAUAUUGAUGCAUGCGAAAAUGGUAAAUGUAGCAAGAUGUAUCAGUGCUUCCCUCCUUCCCCCCCUUUUUUUCUUUCUGUACCCUCUGCCCAUUUUCAUUUGAUCACAAGAAAAACAAUAAAAACCUUAAAAUUUCAACAACGAAAAAAAGCAAACAAAAUAAAAUUAAAAGUUUAGCUAAUAAUAAACUGCUAAUUCUGUUCUGUGCUGGCUCUGAUUUGUGAUGGCUUUAACAUUAUCUUCACAUUAACAGCCUCCUCCAAGCCAUCCUGCCUAUUUCCAUCAGUCUAGCCCUGAGUGCUCAUGCAUAGCAAAUUUCUUUAGAAUAGUUUAUUUUAAAGAAAAUUAUUUAAUCACUCGGUCACACUUUGUAUUAAUGAGAUUUAAAUCAAUGUUGUAUCAGUAAAACAUUUUCAAAAGAGAAGCUUUGGCACGGAUUUCUUUUCAGCUAUUUUGACCUUAAAGUUGAAAUUCACCUUGAAUUCUAAUAUUGGCAAAUAACACCAAUAAUGUAAUAUCCUAGGUAGGCACAUUUGAAUAACAUUUUUGUCUGUAUUUUUAUUUUAUAUUGCGCCAGUAGUAUUCUAUAAACAUAGAUGAGAUCACUCACUAUACUGCUGGUCCACGAUUUGGACCAAUACCUAACCUGAAACCAGCCACCAACCUCCUGCUGACUCAGUAUCUAAAUUUGGGACCUUUUAGCGAAUACUGGCUUAGCUCUAAUACCCUUCGAAUGAAUGGAUCUUUAUAGUGUACAGAGGUUAGUCUUUGGUAUACUGAAAAGUAUUAAUUAUAACCACCGACUUGAAAGAUGAAUAACAUGGUGUAUUGACCACAAUCCAAGCAGCCUUUCUGAUUUCACGGUCACUAAGAAAGCUCGGUAUAAAUUAACUUGUUAAAACGGGAAAUUAAGUCAGCUUUACUGACCAUAACUACAGACAGCAAAUUCUAUUGCUUGCCACAAAAUCACUGGGGUUUCCUACAUAUUUUAAUAGGAAUUCACUACAGCUUUUCUAAAAUAUUUUUUGGGAACAUUUGGUCUAGACAAAUGCCAGUUUAUACUGGCGAGUUUAGCAGUCAGUUUACUAGAAGAGUCAGAAGUCACUACUAGAUCUUUCAUUCAUUUGAUUCACACAGUUCUAGACCUGGUUUUGUGAUGUUACAUAUGUGUAUAUGAUACUCAUGUUUAAACAAAAGCAACGAUUUUGGAAAAGGGCAGAGAGGGCUAGUGAUAUGAGAAAGAUCAAGGAAAGCAAAGAACAUGGGAAAGGACAGGGAGGGCUAGUGACAUGGGAAACGACAGUGAGGGCUAGUAAUAUUAGGAAGAUCAAGGAGGGCUAGUGACAUUGGAAAAAACAGGGAGGGCUAGUGACAUGGGAAAGAACAGGGAGGGCUAGUUAUAUUAGGAAGAUCAAGGAGGGCUAGUGACAUGGGAAAGAACAGGGAGGGCUAGUGACAUGGGAAAGAACAGGGAGGGCUAGUGACAUGGGAAAGAACAGGGAGGGCUAGUGACAUGAGAAAGGACAGGGAGGGCUAGUGACAUGGGAAAGGACAGGGAGGGCUAGUGACAUGGGAAAGAACAGGAAGGGCUAGUGACAUGGGAAACGACAGUGAGGGCUAGUGACAUGAGAAAUGACAGUGAGGGCUAGUUAUAUUAGGAAGAUCAAGGAGGGCUAGUGACAUGAGAAAGAACAGGGAGGGCUAGUUAUAUUAGGAAGAUCAAGGAGGGCUAGUGACAUGGGAAAAAACAGGGAGGGCUAGUGACAUGGGAAAGAACAGGGAGGGCUAGUGACAUGGGAAAGAACAGGGAGGGCUAGUGACAUGGGAAAGGACAGGAAGGGCUAGUGACAUGAGAAAGGACAGGGAGGGCUAGUUAUAUUAGGAAGAUCAAGGAGGGCUAGUGACAUGGGAAAGGAAGGGACAGGGAGGGCUAGUGACAUGAGGAAGAUCAAAGAGGGCUUGUGAUUUGGGAAAGGACAGAAAGGGCUAGUGACAUGGGAACUCACAGGGAGGGCUAGUUAUACGAGGAAGAUCAAGGAGGGCUAGUGACAUGGGACAGGACAGGAAGGGCUAGUGAUAUGAGGAAAGCACAAGAUGGGCUAGUUACAUGGGAAAGGACAGUGAUGGCUAAUGGCAUGGUGAUGCACAGGUGUAAUUGCGGUAUGGGAAAAAACAGAGGGGCUAAUAACAUAGGGAAGAAUAGAUGGUCUAGUAACAUAGUUAAUUACAUUAUACGCUAGUGACAUGGGGAAGAAUAGAGGGGCUAGUAACAUAGGGAAUUACAUUAUAUGCUAGUGACAUAGGGAAGGAUAGGAACCGCUAGUCACAUGAAGAAGGACAGGGAUGGCUUGUGACAUGAGGAAGGAUAGAGGGACUAGUAGCAUGGGGAGUGACAGGGAGGGCUAGUGACAUUACAAAGGACAGGGACAAUUUGGGUCAUGCAGUAUGUGUGGGGGCAGAGUUACGGACUGGCUACACUCACAGAACGUUAUCACUAGUGACACAAUAAUUACCUGUCGAAAAUGACUGUGUUGGGUAAACAAGCUCACCUCGUUUUAUUCAUUAAUCAUGGUUAUUCAAAGUUAGAAUUAUUCUGAAUUCAAAGAAAGAAUCUAAUCUUGGCCUAAAAUUUGAAAUUCAUUUACAUUUUUCCCGACAUACUUUAGCAAAUACCGUGCUAGAUCUAUCAGUUGAUUCAUAGUGAUAUCUGUUGUUUUUUUGUUUUGUAGGGGAAACUGGAUAGGCGAAGCACCGUAUAAGUUGGGAAGACCUUGCUCUGCUUGCCCGCCUAGUUACGGAGGUGUCUGCAGCAAUAACAUGUGCUAUUCUGGAGUCAAAUCCAACACACUAAGCUGGUUUUAAUAUAUUUAAUACCGAGCAUUGACAGGAGUUAUCGUAUCAGAAAAGUAAAACCUGGAUGUUCUUUAUGUUCAAUACAAUGUAUUUGUUUCAUGUUGUUGUUGUUGUAGUUUGUUUUAAAGACAGAUGCGGGCCCCAAACUGCGUCAAAUUCUUGGUAUAUGUUUUGCUUAGGAGCAAUCAUUCUUGUUGUGUCCAUCGAUACAUGAAAGCAGUAUGUCUGCUUCCUACACAUUGUCCCUAGGAACGUUGCUGUGUCUAUCAGUGAAUCUUCAUCAGUGAUUGCUAAAUAAUUAGCAACAUUAUGCAAACUGAACGUUCGUUCGAUAUCAUUUCUUUUUUUAUCAGAAUGUAUUUUUAACCCUAUUUGUCUGACCAAUACCAAUUAAAAUGCGACAAAAAGUAACAGAAGUAGUGAUGUAGGAUCAUCUGUUAUAAGUUACUUGACGUCCACAUUUAUCAAACUGCAAGAGAUUCUUAAAAGGGAUAAUAAAAUUAACAAAUAUAUCGUCACAUCAAACACAGCGGAAGGACAGGGGCAUUUAAAGGUAGCGUCCACAAUUUAUUUCCUAGCUUUACAAAAGUCUACAUAAUGGAAAAAUUGUGAAAAGUGAAAAGUCCUGCAUGCUUGUGCAGCAAGAAUUUGUCGAUGGGUCGUUCAAUUCAGAAUUGGUCGUUUCCAAUAAUCGCAUCUGCUCAUCGUAAUGAAAGUAAGCUGUGAAUUUUUUGAGUUGUAUUAACCGAACAUUUAAAAAAACAAAAAUAUGUAAAUCUUCUUAUAUUAUUUGUUGGAAGCACUUAUCUUUGUAAAUUAUAUGUUGACAUACAGUAUUACAAUGCAAUAUUUUGUGACAUUUGUUUUAACUUUCGUUUGAUGUAAACACAAAUUUAGGGAAACUGUUAUUAACUGUAUAUAAACUGGUUGCUUAAUAUUGCAAUUACUAAGAAUUAGAAAAAAAGGAAAACAGAAUGUUGUGUCUUUUAAUUUCCCAACAUGUUGCUGCUGUUACAAUAUAUAGUAUUGUCCUGUUUAAUCUCUUCUUAAAAAAUAAAUAAUUAGUCAGCCACUAAGAGUUCCGAUUAAUUGCAAUGGUCAUCGUGCUAUCAGCACAGCCAAUGGCAAGUUGAGACCACUAUGUGUAGAGCCAAAAAUGGCUUGAAUUUGUUAUCAUAUCAAAAUGUCGUCUUUGAAGAAUUAUUAUAGAAGUAUAAGAAUAUCAUUUUAAUUUUUGAAACUGUCCAUAGUGGUUUAAAGUGAAACUCUGCCCAUAAAUAUACGUAAGGGUCAGACAUUUUCUAACCACAAAACCUAGCCUUGCUUCAGUCAGUAAUAUUACCCCAAAUUAUUUUUACUUUUGUUUUUUCUGAUGGCAAUCUUUAUAAAGAAUAAUGUGUUCUGUUUUGCACUGGUGGCAGGUUAAGAUAUAUGAGACCAGUUAUAACAGAACGCUGCAGUUUCCUGUUUUCUAAAAAAAACAAAAUGUCUGCCUCUUUUACCAUUUCUACUGUCUACUUACUUUUCUCUUUUUAAAAGUUUUUUUUAUAUAUAUAUAAAACAAAUGCAGUAUCCCAUAGUUAUAAAAGAAUAAUCUCAAUGUAAUAUGCAACUUUUGGAUGCAUAAACUUACUCACUUUAAAGAGCCACUAUAGUCACCAGAACAAUUACAGCUUAAUGUAUUUGUUCUGGUGAGUAUAAUCAUUGCCUUCGGGCAUUUUCACGUAAACAUUGCCUUUUUAGAGAAAAGGCAGUGUUUACAUUACCCCUAGGGACCUCUCCAAGUGGAGGGGCUUCCUGGCUCUGGGUUGAACAGUAGGCAGCCCUGCCGUUCAGCAUCCCCACGCUCUGCAUGGAGAUGCAGAAUUUUCCUCAAAGAGAUGCAUUGAUUCAAUGUAUCUCUAUGAGGAGGUCCUGAUUGAUCAAAAUGGCAUUGGCCCCUUCCCAGUGCCUAUUUCAGCCAAUUGGCAAAACAUCGGCCAUUUUGAUGAUCGCGCGGCGCUGGAAAUAUGGUGAGUUUUAUACUUUUAUAUGGGGGCUAAGAGGGUGUAAGCCACCUAAAUGGUGGGUUUAGCACUACAGGGUCAGGAAUACUUGUUUGUGUUCUUGACCCUAUAGUGAUCCUAUAAAGUAUAUGAAGUAGUCAAACCUUAGGCAAUCUGCCCACCCUAUGCAAUAUAACAAGACAAAUACGUUUUGUUUUUUUAAUUACAAUAUACAAAAAUUAGGCUAAAAUUUAAUUGGCAGGCAUGCAGUUAUUGUUUAAUCCCAGUUGAUAUGAAUUUGUUUAUUAAACAACAAUUUGUAUGGUCAUUUUGAAAUGUUCUCUAUAACUCUAAAAAAUGUUCAGAGUUAUUCUCCAAAUCAGGAAAUAAUGAACAAAUUUCAAAUGUUAGGCCAAUGAAACUGACUUGGGGAUACAAUUCGACCUUUGGCCUAAAAUUUAAUUCCCUGAUAAAGUCCAGACAAUUUCCUGUUUAGUGAAUAAUCUGAAAGUGUUCUUAUAACAUAUAAAAAAUUAUUACAUGCAUCAGAAAUGUCUAGAAUUACAUGUUGUAAUUUUUGCAUUUUUAUUUUUUUUACUCGUGUGUAAACAGACUGUUUUCUAAUAUCUAUAAAAUAAAAUGUAUAUGAGCUGAGAAUAAACACCAUAUUUAACCAAGUGUUAUGUGGCAUCCAUUGCAUUUCGGGUGAUAUUGUCAGUAGAGCUGUUUGCGGCGAACUCCGGUCAGCUGACACAUCCCGGCCAAUCUCCAGCAGACCCUCCCUGCCAGACCCUCCUACUUUCUGGACAGCAUCCAUGUUUCAACAGGUUCGCGACAUCUCUAAUUGUCA